AUCAGCUGUCCAAUAUCAGUCGUUGUAGGUGGCAGCACCGCGUCACGUGAAUUUUCAUGGCGUUGAAGGGCUAGUCCCGAAUUGUCUUGUGAUUUCGCCAAAUUAUUUGCUGUUUCCAAUAUUUAGUGUUAAACAGCAUUAAUUUAUAAGUUCCAGUGGUGAAGAUGUCUGAAUACUGGGUAAUCAGUGCCCCGGGCGACAAGACGUGCCAGCAGACCUGGGACACCCUCAACAAUGCCACCAAGUCCGGCAAUCUCAGCGCCAACUACAAAUUUCCAAUCCCUGACCUGAAGGUGGGGACUCUGGAUCAGUUGGUGGGGCUGUCCGAUGACUUGGGUAAGCUCGACACCUUCGUGGAAGGUGUUACAAGGAAGGUAGCGCAGUACCUCGGUGAGGUACUAGAAGACCAGCGCGAUAAGCUUCAUGAGAACCUUAUGGCCAACAACAGCGAUCUACCAUCUUAUCUAACUCGUUUCCAAUGGGACAUGGCGAAAUACCCCAUCAAGCAGAGCCUGCGUAACAUCGCUGAUAUCAUCAGUAAACAGGUGGGACAGAUCGAUGCGGAUUUAAAACAGAAAUCGGGCGCCUACAACGCACUCAAGGGCAACUUACAGAACUUGGAGAAGAAACAGACUGGCAGUCUGUUGACCCGUAACCUGGCGGACUUGGUGAAGAGGGAACAUUUCAUCCUGGACAGCGAGUACCUCACCACACUGCUGGUCAUCGUGCCCAAGUCGAUGUUCAACGACUGGAAUGCUAACUACGAGAAGAUCACGGACAUGAUCGUCCCGCGUUCCACGCAGCUUAUACACCAGGACAAUGACUACGGACUCUUCUCCGUCACUCUAUUCAAGAAGGUAGUAGAAGAGUUCAAGCACCACGCUCGCGAGCGUAAGUUCGUAGUGCGUGAGUUUUCGUACAACGAGGCAGACCUCGCCGCCGGAAAGAAUGAGAUCACUAAACUCGUUACUGACAAGAAGAAGCAGUUUGGUCCGUUGGUGCGAUGGUUGAAGGUGAACUUCUCUGAAUGUUUCUGCGCCUGGAUUCACGUCAAGGCGCUCCGUGUCUUCGUCGAGUCUGUGCUGAGAUACGGGCUCCCAGUAAACUUCCAAGCGGUGGUGAUGGUGCCGUCCCGUAAGAACACGAAGAAGUUGCGCGAAGUGUUGCAAGCUCUGUACGCUCACCUCGACCACUCCGCGCACCAACAUACUUCCUCCGCGCAGGACAACGCGGAGAUGGCCGGUCUUGGGUUCGGUUCGUCGGAGUACUACCCGUAUGUGUUCUACAAGAUUAACGUGGACAUGAUGGACAAGGCCUAACCACGUCGCCACGCUGCAACAAACCCCCGUUAUAUUAGGUAAUGUUACCAGGUACUUUCUCCUGUGUCUGACCACGUAAUGGUCGCGCAAUACCAUGAACUAUCGUCGUACAAUUUAUUUUACUUACAACAUAUCUAUACCAAAUUUAUCAUUGGCCCUUGAAAAAAAAAUCCAUAUUUUUCUAUAUGUACAGAUGUUUUUGACAUAAUUUUGUUUUGUGACAACUUUAAAUCAUAUUUUUUCAUUUACACGCCGGUUGUUGAUAUAGAUGUUUGUGUAAUUUAUAUUAUAUAUGUUAUUUAUAAAAUAAGAUGCCAUUUUGAGAAUUGAGAUGAUUAAAAAAAAGAAUAUAAAAUUGUUGCAAUAAUAAUUCUUGAUGGAGCUUAUAGCUUUUUGUUGAUGUUAAAUAAAAAAACUGUUAAUAAAUGAUUGAGUUCAGUAUUAUACUUGAGUUGCGUAGUUUAGCGUGACGCAUACAAUGUAUAUUAAAGUAAAUAACAUCAGAUGCAAACUAUGUAAAUAAGAACAUUCCUCAUACAUGUGUGUAGUACAUAAUAAAAUAUUAUUCAAGUUACUGUU